UUUAAAAAAUCCCACGAGCACUAGCAUUGAAAUUUUCGAGCUCUUCUAGAUUCCCUCUCCCGAAAAUGAAGACCACCCUCUUGUUUGCGAUCUUUGCAGCCAAUGCGCAUGCAUUUUGCUUUGGCGGGCGCCGGACCAAAGAGGAAUCUUCUGGCCAAGAUGUUGGCAUGCUGAGACGCAUGGCAGUGGCACUGGUACUGAAGAAGACACUUCUGCUCCCACAACGGAGACUCCAUCAACUCCUACAACGGAGGCGCUGCUCCGCUCCAAGCACAGCUCCCAAUCUUCCCUGGCUUGCGGCCCCAGGAGCAGAAGACUCUACGACUCAGGGUGGACCAGCUUUUGAGGGGGCCAAGGCUUAUGUGUCUAACCGCGGGGAGUUGACUACAGCCAUUCAAGAUCUCGAGGCUGCAGGAGACCAAGUCUAUGCUCAGGUCUUCGUUGACUAUGGCUAUCCUCCAAACAACUGGGAUGUAUCCCGAGUAGACAGCUUUGAUAAUCUCUUUGAAAACUACCAGGGGCCUUCUUAUGACCUGAGUUCUUGGACCACUUCGCACGUAACCAGUUUCAACAGCGCCUUCAAGUCAUCUUCGUUCAAUGGCAAUAUCGGUACCUGGGACAUCUCCUCUGGCAACGACUUUCGAAGCAUGUUCUCUGGUGCCGGGUUCAAUGAAGACAUUAGUGGCUGGAACACCAGCAGUGCGAUUUACAUGCAAAACAUGUUUCAAAACAAUCUUGCCUUCCAAGGGGACCUCAGCAAUUGGGACACCAGAAAUGUUCAAGACAUGUCCUCUAUGUUUGAAGGCUCCAGUAUUGUUGGCAACAUUGAUACUUGGAACGUCUCUAAGGUGGCUUCCUUCUACAGGAUGUUUGCAUCCACCAACAAUUUUACUGGCGACAUUGGAGGAUGGGAAACAUCCAGUGCAACAAGUUUGUCCUAUAUGUUCAGCGGGGCUCAGCUCUACAAUGGUAACAUCGGUUCGUGGAACACUAGCGCUGUCGUUGAUACUACUGGAAUGUUCAAAGGGGCUGCAUCGUUCGACAGCGACAUUGGGGGCUGGGAUAUGUCGUCCGUGACCAGCAUAUCGAGCAUGUUUGAAGGCGCACAAGGCUUAUUAUCCAACCAAUCGCUGGAUGGAACUUGGACAGCAUUGACACUUGGCUGA